GCAAAGAAGAACCACAUCCAGCAGAUCACUUCUCAUACAUACAUUCUACAGAUCUCCGAAGAUGAGGCUGGUUCUCUUAUUCUGCACCCUCUGCCUCAUGGCUCCUAUUGGCUACACUCAGCUUCCUGGCCCCAAAGGUGACAGAGGACUACCUGGAUAUCCUGGAACACCUGGUUCCCCACUAAUGGAGAGCCAGGAUCCCGGGGACUACCUGGACCACCUGGUGCACAAGGACCAGCUGGACCACCUGGAUUUCAGGGAUCAUCUGGUAGAACAGAGGAUAAACCCUUUUGAUUUAGGAGACCGAGGAUUCCCUGGACGAGAUGGACUACCUGGACCACCUGGACCAGCUGGACCUCGUGAAAUAUGUAGACAAGGUUCCACUGGCUCUUGCCCGGACCUCGCUAAAUUAGAGUUGGCCAUAAACUACGACUUUGUCCGGAAAGUUGGUCAGAAAUACUUUGUGUCCUACAAGGAGCGAGACUCUUUCUCCAGGGCCGUUGAGUUCUGCUCCCAACGAGGCUUAGAGCUGGCUUUACCCCAAAAUGAAGAAGAGAACAAUGUCUUGACUCAAGUGUUCUGGGAAGUUUACAAAAAAGUCUGGAUCAAUGUCAACAACAAAAAAGCAGAGGGGAAUUUUGAAGUUGAUAUGAAAAAACAACCUCUAACCUUUACCAAAUGGGGAGAAGGGCAGCCAGACAAAUCAAUCAGCAAUACAGGCUGCACCAUGGUGUCAGAAAAUGGUAUCUGGGUUGUGACACAUGAAUGCUUCCUGAAUGCUUACAUUGUUUGUCAGUUAUAGAAAUGUCUUGUAUACCUUGCAAGUCUUACUUCAGUUGAAAAGUUAAUGUAAACCUGCAGAACUGCAUUCCUUUCGUAACUAUAGGUUUGUCAGGAGUAUAAACUGUUAUAACCCGUUCAGGAACUGUUUCUAUGAGUAUUUGCUUUCAGAUGUAAUAGUCUCUGAAGUCUGUUUAAUGUCAAUCUAAGAAAAAAAGUAUAAUUGUAUCAGUACAGUUGCAUGCAUGGACAAUAUGAAAUAUAUACUAUAUACUAUAUGAAAAAGAUGUGAAAUAAAUGAUUACAAGUAAGAACACAAUUGAAAGAAGAGGGCAAGAGAUUAAAAACCACUCAGUCCUACAUGAAGACAGAAACAUAUGUGCCUCUUAUGUAUUUGCAUCAGAGGGAGCACAAAACCUACACAAACUGAAUUGUGAGGAUCAUCCUCACCAGUCUUAAAUCAUGCAUCUUUUCCACCCAAGACAGUACAUUUCUUCACAGAUCUUGGCAGGCAACAGUUGUAGAGUACUGAGUAACAACCCUAGUCUAAGGAACAACCAUGAAACCCCUAUAUUUUCCAUUUGUGAUAUUAAGUAAAAGUGUAAAAACAGACUUUUUUACUGUUUGUGUUAAAUUCUGAAAAAUAAAAACAUUCUGCAAACCUUGACCACAAUAAAUGUGGGCUUUGAAAAAACUGUUAAGCUCUUUUUUCAGUGUUUUUCCA